AUGGGCAGUACUCAAGAAGUCUUUGUCGGCUCCAUCGACCAAGGAACCACCAGUUCGAGGUUCCUGAUCUUCAACAAGCGAGGCGAACCUGUUGCCUCACAUCAGCUUGAGUUCAAGCAGAUUUAUCCACAUCCUGGCUGGCAUGAACAUGAUCCUCUGGAGAUCGUUUCCUCUGUAGAGAAGUGCAUCGAUGGCGCAGUCCAACAGUUCCAAGACCAAGGUCAUAACAUCAACACCAUCAAGGCCGUCGGCAUCACCAACCAGCGUGAGACCACUGUCCUGUGGAACAAGGAGACCGGGGAGCCAUUGUACAAUGCCAUUGUUUGGACCGAUACCCGAACACAGGCUCUGAUACGAAAGCUAAAGCACCGGCUCGGGGCUGACAAGCUCACUGACAUUUGCGGACUUCCGCUUUCCACCUAUCCUUCAGUGGGCAAGUUGCUGUGGCUGCUAGAGAACGAGCCCAAGGUGAAGGAUGCUCAUGAUAAGGGUGUCCUCGCAUUUGGCACAAUCGAUGCCUGGCUCGUGUACAAACUCAAUGGAGGCCCAAAGAGAAAUAUCUUCGUCUCGGACCCUUCGAACGCAUCACGAACGAUGUUCAUGAAUCUCAAGACCCUCGAGUACGACGACUCCCUCCUCGACUUCUUCCGCAUCGAUACCUCAAAGAUCCACCUCCCCAAGAUCGUUCAUUCCUCCGACUCCUCAGCCUAUGGCUCCCUCACCACCACCGUCCUCAAAGGUGUCCCGAUCACUGGCUGUUUGGGAGACCAGUCGGCUGCUCUAGUCGGUCAAAAGGGCUUCACGCCAGGCCUCGGCAAGAACACGUAUGGGACUGGUAGCUUUAUUCUCUAUAACGUGGGCGACAAGCCCGUUAUAUCCACCCACGGACUUUUGACCACCGUGGCGUUCGACUUCGGCGGCAAAUCUAAGCCCAUGUACGCCCUCGAAGGAUCCAUCGCCGUUGCCGGGUCAAGUGUCAAGUUCCUUGUUGAAAACUUCGGUUUCAUCGACAAAUCCUCCGAGAUCAGCCAACUUGCAGAGACAGUCGAGGAUAACGGUGGCGUCACGUUCGUGACUGCAUUCAGCGGCCUCUUUGCACCUUACUGGAUCGAUGACGCCCGUGGAACCAUCUUCGGUAUCACGGCUUACACGAAGCGAGGCCACAUCGCUCGCGCAACGUUGGAAGCGACGUGCUUCCAGACCAAAGCCAUCUUGGUGGCCAUGGAAAAGGACUCGGGCCACAAGCUCAGCGAAUUGGCCGUCGACGGCGGGAUGUGCAACUCAGAUCUGUGCAUGCAGACGCAGUCCAACCUCAUUAGCAUCCCGGUCAAAAGACCUGCUAUGCGCGAGACCACAGCUCUGGGCGCGGCGAUCGCGGCCGGUUUGGCGGUCGGCGUCUGGGACAGCAUUGAUGAGUUGAAGGACGUCAAUAUCGAGGGUUCUACCAUCUUCAAGCCUGCAAUUAGCAAGGACGAGAGUGAUCAGCAGUUUGCACGAUGGGAGAAGGCUGUGGAGAUGAGCAAAGGCUGGGCCAACUGA